ACAAAUUUAGAGAGAGAGAGAGAGAGAGAGAGAGAGAGAGAGAGAGAGAGAAGGAAAUGGAGAAGAUGGGCAAAAUUUUUGAGAAGGCAAAGCCAUAUUUGGGAGCAAUUGCAUUAAGAUUUGCAUCAGCAGGAAUGUCUAUUAUUUCUAAGGCUGCUUUAAACCAAGGAAUGAACCAACUUGUUACCAUUGUUUAUCGUUAUUCUAUUGGUGCAAUUGUUGUUGCUCCUUUUGCUUUUGUUUUGGAUAGGAAAAUAAGACCAAAGAUGACUCUCCCCAUCUUCGCCAAGAUUCUUCUCCUCGGCUUACUCGAACCAGUAAUAGCCCAAAGCUUGAUUUACUCUGGCACUAAGUACACAACAGCAACUUUUGCAACUGCCAUGUGCAAUAUUCUUCCUGCCUUUGCAUUUCUGAUGGCUUGGAUUUGUAGAAUGGAGAAGGUGAAUAUUAGAAGCUUAAGAAGCCAAGCAAAGAUUUUAGGGACUUUAGUAACAGUUGGAGGAGCUAUGAUGAUGACACUUUUAAAAGGACCUUUAUUGAGUUUGCCUUGGACCAACCAAAAUAAUUUCAAUCCUCAUUCUUAUUCUACUCUUCCAAAUAAACAACAACCUGUUAAAGCUGCCAUUGUUAUCACAAUUUCAAGUAUUUGCUCCUCAGCUUUCACCAUUCUUCUGGCACAUACAAUAAGAACAUAUCCAGCUGAGCUCACAUUAACAACAUUCAUAUGCUUGGCUGGAGCUGUUGAAAGUACUAUUUUAGCCUUAGCAUUUGAAUGGGACAAUCCAUCUGCAUGGGCUUUACAUGCAGAUUCCAUACUCUUGGCUGCUCUCUAUGGUGGCAUAAUAUCAUCUGGAAUUGCUUAUUAUCUUCAAGGAGUGGUGGUGAAGUUAAAAGGGCCUGUAUUUGUAACAGCAUUCAAUCCUCUUAGUAUGGUUAUAGUUGCUGUAAUUAGUUCAUUCAUAUUCGCUGAGACAUUGCGCUUAGGAAGGGUUGUUGGUGCAGCUGUGAUAAUUAUAGGCCUUUACUUGGUAUUGUGGGGCAAAAGCAAAGAUAAAUUUCAACUCAAAAAUGGAAAAAAUAAUGAAAACAAUGAAGAAUUGCCAACUUCAAUCCAAAACUCAACAACCACAAAUCAGCAGUUGAAGCCUUUAGAUUCAACAAUAAGCCAUUAACUAAUGGUGUCUUUCAAAAAGGAGAAACAAUUGAAAUUAUAUGUUGGAACUUUUUGAUCAUUUGUAUAAUUAUUGUAUAACAACAAAGAUGGACAAAGCCACAUAUUAUUGUUCCAUAAACCCAAUUGAUUCUAAUUUCUUUUUCAACAGUACAACUAUUAAUUAAUUUACAUUAUUAUUCCAUUUAAAA